CUGCAGCCGGCACUCGACUUCAACUCUGCAUCACUUGAUCCUUUUUUCUCCUUUUCAACCUUGCAUCUCUCAGUCCCAUCUCUUCUUCUCUCCUCGCAUUGUAACUCACAACCCUUCCUCUUCUAAUCAGAAUCGCUGUCCUCUUCUCCAGGCUCGAAACCCGCCUCCUAAUGACCCCGGGCCUGUAUAUUCUUUAGCAGCCUUUAACUUCCACUCCCCUCCCCCUCCUUGCCUCUCCUUGUCGGAUCCACUCGCCCGGCGGAGUAACGUGAACCCAGACGACGGCCGUUGACGGUUGACAAAAUCGACAGCCCUCCGCUGAGCUGAGACGAGGCCGGGCGUGAGCCAAGCACAAGCGACGGAACACGAGCGAACGGCCGGGGGAUUGACUCUCGCCCGCUACAAGGGGAGAAAAAAAAGUCCACACGCACCAUCCCACACAUAGCUUCUGGUGUAGGACCGUCCCGACAACGAGCCACCAUUCCGCACCACAAGUCCACCACAACCCGGGCGCAGUUGCUAUCCGAUCCAAUCCCACCUUGGCAAAAAAAGGCAAAACCAGGGCAGCCUGCCUCGAAAGGUCUCCCAGCAAUAUCCAGUUUGCUCACCUCAACUCAACAUCUGAGCCGCCGCCGACGAGGUCGACUCAGCUCUUCCCUCGGUUCCUCUUUUCCCCUUCGACCUGUCGCUUCUUGUUGAGGUCGACUUACCAAAAUUCCCCCAAGCCACUUCCCAACCUUGCCAAACUUUUUAAGAGUUUGCAAGUAUCGAUAGAGAAAUCCCGGCACCUUUCGUCACCGACUCCGUAAUCGCCCCUUGCAACAAACCUUUGCGACGUCGCAUUCCCUCUUCGAGCUUCACAAGAAGGCUCCUCGAGCGACGCUCCUUCGCUCAGGUCAGCCUGUGUCUGAUAUAGAUUCCUGCUUAAUUGGACGGCUUUUGUCCGCCCCGCGCCUGCGCUCUUUGACGUCGACGUUGGUCCAGCCUUUCGUCCCACACCGCCUUUGACCGCCCCGCCGGAAAUUCAGACUCGACCGAGACGAGACCUCUCUUGAGCUUUCGUCAAAAGCUUCUUGUCCGGUAUCCAAGGCCUGGUAGCCGCGUGGACGCGACUGGAAACCACAAAAAGUUGUCAAUAACUCCCAUGAGAGCUGGAUAAAAAAUAAUCAAUAAUGUCCAACCAAAGACCCGGCGAUCAUAUGUCGCUCGGCUUCCCGCCGCAGUCGGUUUCUCUCCAGACUCGAACCGGUUCGCCUACAAGCACAUCGCCGAAUGAUCCGACCUCUGCCGGUGCCAUUCGCUCUCCUUUCGGCCUGUCAUCUUCCAAGAUGGCUGGCGCUUCACGGUCAGGCAAUGGUUCGCCGUCUCACGAUAUGGCGUCCUCUGGCCGGCUCUUCUCAAAACGUGCCCGCGAAAUCCAAGCCCAGGAAGGCAUCUCGGGAUUGCCGGUAAACCCAUGGGGUGGACCCCCGACCAGCGGCAACUCGACCCCUCUUCGAGAGAACAUCCCGGAGUCGCCCACCGAUGGCUUCCCGGACUUCACUCAGUUGCCCACUCCGGACAGCUUGCCCCAGACUCGGCGUGCUCGUGCCGGCACCGUGCCGUCCAGAUUUCCUGCCGGUGCCGGGGUCAAUAGCAUGCUGAAUAUCCCGGCCUUGUCUGCAAAGACCUCGCGCCCUUCUCCGUCGCAUACGCCGUUCAAGUCUCCCUCUCCUGGCAUUGAACAAGCUGAGGGGUCAGCCUCAACGCUUCUUUCCAGGCUGAGGGCUGGUUCUAUGCCUCAGCGCAGCCCGUUCGCCCAGGUACCCGGCACAAGCUCGCCAUUCGGCGUUUCCAUCUUCAGCAGCUGGACGCCUACUGGCCGUGAAAGAGGCAACACUCUGGCCAGCAUCGCAAGCGUGCCAUCCAACAACCCCAGCUCCCCGACUCAGUCACACUUCUCUCGUGAAGGCGCGGGCGAGAACGAUGUCCAUAUGAGGACUUUGGACUACCUUGGCCUGGCCGAGACACCGCAGCCUCCUCGCGCUCAGCUUGCCACCCCGUACAUGCCAACCUAUGUCGAUUUUACCAAGGCCGCAAACAGGUUCCGUUCUUAUUCGGUCAACAACAAGGAUAAAUACGCUGACGAGGAAGAUGAUUAUGAUGAAGAUCCGUUGACCAUCAUGGAGAACCAAUACGCUCAGCUUCAGGAUCAACUAGCCGCAACCAACGCAGCUAUCCAACAGCAUAACCUCGCCGUACAGGCUUUUCAAGCUGCCCGUCCGCGUGCCAGGACAGCCGGUGUUUUGGACACUCCUGCCAGCCGGAUUCUUCGUAACUACGUGCCAACUCCCUCUCGGCUUGACGCUUCUAUCACAGCUGCCGACAUUCAGUUGCCGGAGGAGAGACAGUACGAAGAUUUGCCCCAGGCCGUUGCUGCUAUGACUCUGGGCAGAUCGAACAGCCGCAACAACAACGGCUUGCUCAGCGCCGAGGAGCCGAACAUGGAAGGCCCAACAAGCGCCUUGUGGCUCGGCAGCAUCCCUACGUCCACCACGACCUCUACGCUAACUGAGAUGUUUAAGUCGUACGGUCCUAUUCUCUCCGCCAGAGUGCUGACCCACAAGAACUGCGGCUUCGUCAACUUUGAAAGAGUGGACAGUGCCAUCAACGCCAAAGCAAACAUGAAUGGAAAGGAGAUUUUCCCUGGUGCUGGUCCCAUUCGUAUCAACUUUGCCAAGCCGCCUUCUGCGUCCAACACUCCCGGCCACGAUGGGGCCUUCCCUUCCCCUAGCCCUGAUCCGUACGCUAAGGGACAAGAAAACGGUCAAAACGGCAGCACUGGCGCAUCUGGUAAUGCUUCCCCAACACCUUUGGCUGGAAACACCACCCCCACUGUGCCGCCUCUUUCUGAGAUGACCGCCGACAUCCUUAACAUCAUCCAGCAAUUUGGCGCGACAGAGGAGGACAAGUACAAGACUUCCGCCAACCUCCAGAACGCUAUUCAGUUCGAUAACUUUAUCGAUGAGAUCCCCCCCAUCAAGGAGCCCGCCCACACCCGUGUUCACGACGCUCCCAAGCUCCGUGAUAUCCGCAAGCGCAUUGAUAAUCAGACCUUGUCUCAGCAGGAGAUCGAGAACAUUGCCAUUGAGAUGCUUCCCGAAAUUGCCGAGCUGGCGUCGGAUUACCUUGGCAACACUGUUGUCCAGAAGCUCUUUGAGCACUGCUCUGACUCGGUUCGCGACCAAAUGCUUGCUGAGAUUGCACCUCAUAUGGCUGAGAUUGGCGUACACAAGAACGGUACUUGGGCUGCCCAGAAGAUCAUCGAUGUCUGCAAGACGCCCCAGCAGCUGAAUCUCAUCGUUGAGAACCUGCGUCCCUAUACGAUCCCUUUGUUCCUUGAUCAGUAUGGCAACUACGUCCUUCAGGGCUGCCUGAAGUUCGGCCCUCCCUACAAUGACUUCAUUUUUGAGACCAUGCUCAGCAAGAUGUGGGAGGUUGCUCAAGGCCGUUACGGCGCUCGUGCUAUGAGGGCAUGCCUGGAAAGUCAUCACGCUACCAAGGAUCAGCAGCGGAUGCUCGCAGCCGCCAUUGCCCUGCAUAGCGUACAGCUUGCCACUAACGCCAACGGUGCCCUACUCCUGACUUGGUUCCUCGAUACCUGCACGUUCCCGCAGCGCCGCACGGUUUUGUCGCCGCAGCUUGUUCCUUACCUUGUGCAUCUGUGCACUCACAAGGUCGCGUACCUGACCGUCCUGAAGGUGAUCAACCAAAAGGCGGAGGCUGAUGCCAGAGACACUAUUCUCAAGGCUUUGUUCUUCACUCAGAACGACCAGGUUCUGGAGGCAAUCCUCAGCGACCACGCAUGUGGUGCGACGCUUAUCUUCAAGGUCUUGACCACUCCCUUCUUUGAUGAGACCAUCCGGACUCAGGUUGUUGAGAACGUGAAGAACGUCUUGAUUCGCAUCAAGGCACAGCCUGGUCAGGGUUACAAGCGUUUGAUGGAUGAAGUUGGAUUGUCUACCCGGAGUGGUGGGAGCAACAGCAACAAUGGAAACAACGCUCGUGAGCACACCAACAAUAACAGCAGCAACAGCAACAAUAGUGAAAGGCAGCGCCCUACAUCGCGCCAGACUCCUCAACAUCAGCAGCAAAACCAGCAGCAGCAGCAGCAGCAACAGCAGCAGCAGCAACAGCCGCCUCAGCCGGCACAGCAGGCGCAGCAGCAGCAACCUGGUCAGUUUACCCCUGGGCCGGGUCAGUACUAUAACCCAUUGAAUGUCGGCGCCCCCAACUACAAUGACAUGGCUUUCGGCAUUCCUAGAAGCGAGGGCCUGGAGAUUCCCCAGCAGUUCCCUGCUUUCGUUCCUCAAGGACAAAUGUACGGUGGAGCCGCCGCGCCAAUGGCCCCCGCCGCUGCUCUCCAGCAAAUGCAGUACCAGCAGAGCAUGAUGGCACGCGGCGCACCUCCCAUGAACAACUACUACCCGGCCGGUAUGCCCGCCGGGUUUGGUGGUUUCCAGACCCCGAGCCCCUCGAUCGACCAGUAUCGCGGCACUCAAGCUGCCAUGUCCAACGGCAGCCCGAUUCAGCCGCCGCCUGGUGCACCCCAGAUGCCUAACAUGCCACCUGGUGGUCCUCAGGGUCCGUAUGGCGCAGCUCCUGGAUUCGGCAUGAACAUGGGCAUGCCUACUCCUGGCUACGGCUACAACGCUGGGUCUGCUCCUAUAGGCGGAGCUGGCAUGCCGCCCCAGCAGCAAAAUGUGGGAUACAUGCAGGAGCAAGGCAACAACAACAACUCCAGACGUGGACGGAGAUAAUCAAAUUCCGCUGCGUGGCACUUCAAAAAGUGUCCACACAUCUCGGCUCCUCGGCCCUUACAGCUCGGUAAGCGCCACGAGUGGGCUAUGUACAACACUUUACAUCUCUUCUCUCUCACUCUAUGCGUGUAAGGGAUGAGGAAUGUUAACCUUCUGUUGUUCUAUUGUUGAAUCGGUUUGGUUGUUCUUUUGUUCGGCUUGUCAUUCAUUUUUGGUAUCGGUUUUGGCUUCGAAUGAGUUUACGAGUGAGAGAGAUGACCCCCCUUUUCUGUGAUCCACAGACGACACGACUAUGCAACGAGUUGGUACAGAACGAGAGUAGGGUAUCGGCGGCGGAAGGGUUCGUGGGGUUGUCCAGGCGCAGAGCGGACGCGGUACAUGAAUUGAGCCAACGCAUUAUGAGAAGACGAAAUAAAAAUGGACGAGUGAAAAGCAACGGGACAGAGGUCGAAGAACUUGCGACAAAACAAUAAAGGGAUGAGCGGGAAGCAGACGGGGACGACGAGAUGGACGUGGAGGAAGAGAGAUGAAGGGGGGUAGACGGUUGAAGUUUGCACUGUUCGUUUCAUGUCUAUAGUCGUAUUGAAAGGGUGGCGGGCUGCUCUAUUGUGCUGGUCUUGGAGCACGCCCAUCGCCGUUUUGGUAGUAAAUAGUAGUAGCAUUUUUGACAUACACCCUGCAUACUUGGU